UUUUGAGAAGGGAAUUUUAGGGGGACAAAAGGAAGAACCGUGCGUACCAGGGGCAAUAGAUAAGGGACCGCCGGCGAGAGUCGGAGGCGUUGGGUCCAGGAUGGAUGUGGCCGACCCGCAGCAGCUGGGCAUGUUUACAGAGGGGGAGCUGAUGUCCGUGGGGAUGGACACGUUCAUCCACCGCAUCGACUCCACGGAAGUCAUCUAUCAGCCCCGGCGCAAGCGGGCCAAGCUCAUCGGCAAGUACUUGAUGGGAGACCUGCUGGGGGAGGGGUCCUACGGCAAGGUGAAGGAGGUGCUGGACUCAGAGACGCUGUGCAGGAGAGCUGUCAAAAUCCUCAAGAAGAAGAAGUUGCGAAGGAUCCCCAACGGGGAGGCGAACGUCAAGAAGGAAAUCCAACUUCUGAGGAGACUGCGGCACAAAAACGUCAUCCAGCUGGUGGAUGUGUUAUACAACGAAGAGAAGCAGAAAAUGUAUAUGGUGAUGGAGUACUGCGUGUGUGGGAUGCAGGAGAUGCUGGACAGUGUGCCGGAGAAGCGCUUCCCCGUGUGCCAGGCCCAUGGGUACUUCUGCCAGCUGGUAGACGGCCUGGAGUACCUGCACAGCCAGGGCAUCGUGCACAAGGACAUCAAGCCGGGCAACCUGCUGCUCACCACCGGUGGUACGCUCAAGAUCUCCGACCUGGGUGUGGCUGAGGCCCUGCACCCCUUUGCCGAGGACGACACGUGCCGGACGAGCCAGGGCUCCCCAGCAUUCCAGCCUCCUGAGAUUGCCAAUGGCUUGGACACCUUCUCUGGCUUUAAGGUGGACAUCUGGUCAGCUGGGGUCACUCUCUAUAACAUCACGACAGGCCUGUACCCGUUUGAGGGGGACAACAUCUACAAGUUGUUUGAGAACAUCGGGAAGGGAGACUACACGAUCCCGGGUGACUGCGGCCCCCCGCUCUCGGACUUGCUGAGAGGGAUGCUGGAAUACGAGCCAGCCAGGAGGUUCUCCAUACAGCAGAUCAGACAACACAGCUGGUUCCGGAAGAAGCACCCGCCAGCUGAGGAGCUGGUGCCCAUCCCGCCGAGCACGGAGUGCAAAGACCGCUGGCGUGGCAUGACGGUGGUGCCCUACCUGGAGGACCUGCACGGCUGUGCUGAGGACAACGGGGACGAGGACCUGUUCGAUAUCGAGGAUGACAUCAUCUACACUCAGGACUUCACGGUGCCCGCCCACACUCGCCCUCUCCCUCCUAGGACAGGUCCCAGAGGAGGAGGCUGGUCAGAACGGGCAGAGCCGGGGCCCACCCAAAGUGGUGUGCAUGAAUGGCACAGAGUCGGCCCAGCUGAGCACCAAAUCAAAGGUGGAGCGCCGGGCCAGCGCCGUCUCCAACCCCACUCGCAAGGCCUGCUCGGCCAGCAGCAAGAUCCGCCGGCUGUCCGCCUGCAAGCAGCAGUGAGGGAGGCCACCCACAGCCUGUUUCAUGGAGCCCCAGCCAGGUGCCACGGCCCAGGUCCUGAGUCUUCCCGCCGACUGCUGGCCCAUGGCUGCUGCGCAGGAAGGCCACCACCACAUUCUCCUUGCCGACUGCUCCUCAGGAAGCCAGGGGUCUUGGAGGGCCGUGGCUGGGGGACAGCAGGGUCUGGGGCCUGGCCUUCCCCUCAUGGCCAGUGGACACGACCUCUUGUUGACUUUGCAGCCCUGUGCCAAGCCCCUUCCCCUGGCCAGGGGAGGAGGGAGCACACCGGCUCACGGGCCCUGUGGGAAGCCCUUGCCACGCACUUUAUGUUCAGACUACUGGUUCUCUCCCCAGCCCUGACUUCUUUUUACUCUGCUCCACGUCAGCGCCUCCCACACCUAGUGAUGUGUUCAGACAAACCACAGCCACAGCAGGAGCCGGGAUGAAGAACAGGCCUGUCAACCAAGAUGCAUGCCCAGAGCCCAAGGGAGCCAGGCGGCUGCCUUGUUUUUGUUUGGUUGGUUCCGUUUUCUUUUUUUUUUUUAAGAAAAAAUAAAGCAGGUGGAUUUGAGCUGUGGUUGUGAAGGGUGUUUGGGAAUUGUUGGGUGGCACCGUGUCCUGCAGGUAGGGGAUCUGAGUCCAAGCCCCCUUUGUGGACCUACAGCCCAGGGGGCAGGCUGGGGUCUGCAGGUCUGGUGGGCGGGUGGUGGGACCUGGGGCUUCCGUGGGGGUCAGCCUUUGGCCACGCUGGACAGCAGCCCUCUCGGUGGUGGGCGGUCUCCCCAAAGGUCAGCAGGGCCCUCUGCGCAGCCCCAGGGCCCACCAGUCCACAGGGCAGCAGCCGGGGAGCUACCUGAUCGCAGGACCCUGACCCUCUUUCCAAGGUCUCUGUGCUCCUGGGUCCCCAGAGAAAACCCGGACUAAGCAAGAGUGUGCAGUAAAUAUUUAUAGUCAACCAGAAAACAAACACAAGAAACUCCAUCACUGGAUGGUACACAGACGGCACGAAGCUCCGAGGGGCGGGGCGGGGCGACUCGGCCGCAGGCUAGGGCUGCCCCAUCUUUU